AUGCUGAACGCAAUGCUGCGCCGUCGGGCAGCCGGCUCCGCGCUUCGGUCAAUGGAAUCAUUACCCACCCGGGUCCAUGCCUCCAAGACCUCAUUGUCAUGUCGACCAUCGUCCGCACGUUCCCUACACACUCCUCGGCGUCCCAUGCCCCAAUGGCGCACCUUGGCACCGACAUCCACGCCGAUCCGGUCUAAAUCCGACAAGUCCGAGAUCGCAGCCAAAGUCCAACCUGCGCGACGCUCCGCCAUUGCAGCCGCUCUGACCAAAUUGUUUACAUAUUGUGGUAUUUUUAUCGUCUCCAGCGGUGCUAUUGUGGUGGCCUUCUUUAUCUACGAUGCUAGUACCUACCACGAAAGUACGACAGCCGCCGAUAUUCCCGUUUCGGAGCUGGCUCUCAAUCCACGCCGCGGAGGCCCGAAGAACCUACCUAUCGCUGACGUCCUUGUCGGCGACUAUGACUCCGAGUCUAUGCUGGAGCAGAAGGAUAAGCCCCGUCUGGUCAUUCUGGGCACGGGCUGGGGUAGCAUUGCGCUGCUCAAGAACUUGAACCCGAGUGAUUACCACGUUACUGUCGUCUCGCCCACGAAUUACUUCUUGUUCACUCCCAUGCUGCCCUCUGCCACUGUGGGUACUUUGGGUCUUCGAUCUCUUGUUGAACCCGUGAGGCGGAUCAUCGAGCGCGUCAAUGGUCACUUCCUCAAGGCCUCCGCGACCGAUGUUGACUUCUCUGCGAAAUUGGUCGAAGUAUCGCAAGUUGAUAACGAUGGUGUACGGAAGAAUUUCUAUUUGCCAUAUGACAAACUUGUUGUUGGCGUUGGCUGCAUCACCAACCCGCAUGGAGUCAAGGGCCUCGAGCACUGUGAUUUCUUGAAAACGAUUGACGAUGCCCGUCGGAUCAAAAACAAGGUGCUGGAGAAUAUGGAGCUGGCCUGCCUCCCUACUACUACCGACGAGGAGCGUCGACGUCUGCUCUCCUUUGUGAUCUGUGGCGGUGGUCCUACUGGUGUUGAGUUUGCCGCUGAGUUGUACGAUCUUCUGAAUGAGGACUUGCUCCGCUCUUUCCCUCGCAUUGUUCGGAAUGAGAUCUCCGUCCACAUCAUCCAGAGCAGAAGCCACAUUCUGAACACCUACGAUGAGGCCCUUUCUAAGUACGCUGAGGGCCGUUUCACACGCGAUGGCGUUGAGGUAUUGACCAAUGCCCGUGUCAAGGAGGUCCGCGGCGAUCGAGUCCUUUUCUCACAGGUUGAAGACGGCAAGACUAUCAUUAAAGAGAUCCCAACCGCAUUCUGCCUGUGGUCUACUGGUGUCGCUCGCGCCGAGAUCUCCGAAACCCUUUCCAACAAAUUGGAAGGACAGAACAACAAGCAUGCCCUCGAAACCGAUGCUCAUCUUCGUGUGAUUGGCGCCCCCCUGGGUGAUGUCUACGCGAUCGGUGACUGUUCAACGGUUCAGAACAACGUUGCAGACAACAUUAUUCGCUUCCUCCGCACGAUCGCCUGGGAGAAGGGCCGUGAUCCAGAGAAGGUGCACCUCACCUUCCCCGAGUGGACGGAGUUUGCUGGCCGCGUAAAGAGACGCUUCCCCCAAGCAUCAAACCAUCUCCGCCGCUUGGACCUACUCUUCGAGCAGUAUGACAAGGACCACUCUGGCACCCUCGACUACGGCGAGCUGUCUGAACUCCUGCAUCAAAUCGAUACCAAGCUUACUUCUUUGCCUGCCACCGCUCAGCGUGCUAACCAGCAGGGCGUCUACCUUGGUCGCAAGCUCACCAAGAUUGCGGCUGCUCUCCCUGGUCUCAAGGCCAACGAAAUUGACUACGGUGACCUUGACGAGGCCGUUUACAAGGCCUUCAAGUAUAGACACCUUGGUAGCUUGGCGUACAUUAGUAACGCGGCUAUCUUUGACUUUGGCGGUAUGAGCUUCAGCGGUGGUGUCAUUGCCAUGUAUCUCUGGCGCAGUAUCUACUUUGCCGAGAGCGUGAGCUUCCGUACCCGCUGUAUGCUAGCUAUGGAUUGGGCCAAGAGAGCCGUCUUUGGAAGAGAUCUCAUGAGCUUCUAA